ACACAUAUAAGUCGAUAUGCGAAGAGAGGUAACACAUUCUGACACAACGUUUAGAGAUAGUCAUUGCUGUAUCUGAGCCAAAGUUCUGAGCCAAAGUUCCGCCCUGAAGAGAACCAACGUUUCCACUCAACAAAUCACUUGUCUCGCAUUAAGUUGAAUUAGAAUUUGCGGAAACAAUGGGUGGAAAUGUGGUAAUAAUCCAAAAUAAUGUCGUUGUAAAUGUAGAAUCACAAAAAGAACGUGGAGAAUGGUGUUCUGGAAAGGAAUACGUUACCCAGUGGAGCGUUAAAGAUAGAGUUAAGAUACUUAGUGAUGUCGAGAGAGUUAAAACUUAUCAGGAAUAUCGUGGUGAAUGGAAUCCAGAUAUGAAAUCGGUAUUAGGUAAAACUGGUAUCAUAUAUUGUAUAUUCCCUGAUGGCGAUUUAGUUGUAUCGGUGUCUGGUAAACAUUUGUAUUCAAUCCUCUGUGCUGCGAAAAGGUAUCCGGAAUUAUGUUACCUGAGGAAGGAGACAUCGAGAAGCUGGUACCGUCUCUGCGUAUGAAUGCUAGCGUCACAGACUUAUUAAGAUUCUCGCAGGAACACACAGAAGGUUUUGAAAUACAAGAUAAGAAAUAUGGCGUUGGUCAGACAGUCAAGAUAAUUCAUGAUAUUGAAAAAGUUAAAGAAUAUCAGGAUGGACAUGGCGGGUGGAUUGAUUUCAUGAAAACGAUAUUAGGAAAAACCGUCGUAGUAAAGAUGGUGUUACCGAACGCUGAUUUACUUGUGUUGAUGCCUGGAAGUAUGUGGCACCUCAAUCCUAAAUGCUGUGAAAAUGUCAGUGACUCUGAAGGUGGACGUUAGAGCGACGUGGACCUGAUAACGAAGUUUAUUUGAAUCGAUCUUAUAGUGUGGUAGUUGAUUGUGCUCACAUCAUUUGCACAGAGUGCGGAGACCUAUUGAAGGAGUAAACCAAUUCAGAAGAAAUUAAAUCUGUUCUAGAUCGAUAAGAUUUACUUUGCUUAACGGUUAUAUUGUGACGUUUUAAAUU